AUGAAGCCGCCUACCACAAGAAAGGGGGUGCAGAAGCUAACAGGCAGGUUGGCUUCGCUGAACAGAUUCAUCUCGAAAUCAGCAGAGAAGUGCCUCCCAUUCUUCAAGGCGCUGAAAGGCUCUGGCAACUUUGAAUGGGGCGAAGAGCAGGUGAAGGCUUUCGAAGACCUCAAGCAGUACAUUGAGAAAUUGGCAGUCAUGUCCAGCCCCUCGAAGAAGGAGUUGUUGUUAUACAUCUCCACAUCAGGUGCAGCCGUAAGUGCUGCUCUCGUCGAAGAGCGCACGAUCGAAGGGGCAUUGACACAGGUGCCUAUAUACUUCGUUUCUGAAGCCCUAAACGGGUCAAAAUUUCUAUACUCAGAAAUGGAGAAGAUGGCAUAUGCGGUGGUCAUGGCAGCACACAAGCUUCGAUACUACUUCCAGAGCCACAAAAUCAAGGUUCCAACCUCUUUCCCACUUCGAGACAUGUUUGAAAACAGAGAAGCCUCCGGCAGGAUAGGCAAAUGGGCCACGCAAUUAGCUGAACACACCAUUGACUUCGUCUCCAGAUCAGCAAUCAAGUCACAGGUCUUGGCAGACUUCAUCGCAGACUGGACACCAGUCACACCUUCACAAGAACAGCCGAAGAUAGAGGCAAUAUGGCAACUUGAGUGUGAUGGGGCUUACCAGAGAGACGGAGCAGGAGCUUCAGCAGUCCUGACAGCACCUUCGGGCCAAAUAAACAAACCAAACAGGGCUCUCAAGCUAGAAUUGGCGAAGUACUUGGCAGCAGUGUGCAGCAUGGAGAAAUACUUCCUCGGGUUUAGUGUCCGCAGUUUCUCCGGAACAAAGAACAAGCAAGCUGAUCAACUAGCGAAGGCAGCAGCACAGUUUGAUCCACUACCGCCAGAUGUCUUCUUCGAGACAUUAAAGCAGGCCUCCAUCAAUUGUGCCGAAGAACCAGCUAAAUUCGUCAACGCCAUAACCAGCGAAGACUGGAGGGCCGCCAUAAUGGCUUAUCUUCACGGAAACUUUGUCCCGGAGGAUGAGAAGGAAGAGAAGCGAAUGAACAUCGUCUGCCGCUUUGGGGUUCCGAAGAAGGUUAUAGUGGACAAUGGCAAGCAGUUCGAUUGUGCAACUUUCAGGGAGUUCACCAUUCAACUUGGCACCAACUUAUGCUUUGCCUCGGUUUACCACCCGCAAUCCAACGGAGCGGUGGAAAGGGCCAACGGCAUCUUCGCAGGCAUCAAGAAAAACAUCACUGAGCUGCCGAAGGGGAAAUGGGCAGAUGAGCUGCCGAGGGUCAUAUGGUCUCAUAACACAACAGAGUCCAGGACCACGAAGUUCACCCCUUUCAAGCUUCUAUAUGGUGAAGAAGUCGUAACACCCGAGGAAAUCAAGCUAAAAUCCUGUAGAACAACCGAAGGGGCAGAAAACAUCGAAGAAGACAUCAAGCCCUCAAUUGAUACAAUCGAAGCUGGCAAGAUACAAGCAGCAAUCAACUUAGGAAAAUAUCAAGAGGAAACACAAAGGUGGAAGAACAAGAAAGUGAAGCCCAGAAACAUCACAGAGGGCGACUUGGUACUUCGAAGAAUACCGAAGGCCAAGCAAAAGGGCAAGAUGCACAGCAAGUGGGAAGGGCCAUUUAUCGUCGCAUCUAUGGCAAGGCUAGAGGCCUGCAGGCUCCGCUCGCUAGAAGGCACCGAAGACCCUUAUUCAUGGAACAAGGACAUGCUACAAAAGUACUACGUGUAG